GUCCAACUAGAUACUAGCAAAUUUUAGAACAAUGAUCAUAUCGUAGAAUUUUUUUACACAAAAUGUACACAAAUGAUUUUGCUCUGCUUAUGCGGCUUGUCCUAUAUUUGAGAUAUCAUCUUACAACCAUGUAUAUAAUAGAGGUCUUAUGUUCAUUGAUAUGCCCCCAAUAAAAUUUAUUUCUGGAUCCGCCACUGGUUAGGAUGCAAUUGCCGGUUUCUCUUUGGAAUCCGUUGGAUUUUCGCCCAUAUAGCUUUCUGAUGGCUUAAUAACCUUGCAGCUUUGAGAGCAAGGGAAGCCAAGUGGGAUCCGUCGAAAGAAAGGGCAAGGCUUGAAAUGCAGAUGAAAAAUUAUGCUUCUGCUAAACAAGAAGACAGACCAGGGUUUUUAGUGAAAGAACUCUAUGAGCCGACAAUAAAAAAAGAAUUGUCAAGCUGGUUGAGUUUUCUAGUCUCUGAACGUCCUGAAAUUCCAAGCUGGUCAAAAAUAAGAGAAGAAUUCAAAAGUUUGGUUGAGAAAGCUCUGCCUCAGCUUGACACCGCGUUAUCACACUUUGGCAUGAAUGAUGAAGACAGGAAAAAAAUGACAGAUGGGCUGGAGAAAUAUGCAAAAAAUGUUGCAAUGACAAAAUUUAGAGAAGAAUCUGGUCGGGCUAAGAGCCAUUUAAUCAACAAAUUAAGCAAGCACUUGGAGUACGCUGAUGAUUCAUCCCCACAAAAUCCAGAAACUGCUUUGCCUGAUUUAGUCUCUGAUUGCGUAGAAUUGCUUGCUGUUUUGGCAGUCGCGCGUUGGGAAGAAGGUGAUGAGGAUGAUGAUGUUCUCACAACUUUAAAAGCGGCUGUGGAUGGUCAGGAAAGUGCAUUAGAAGACCUUGAUUCAACCGCGUGGGAAAAGGUUCGGCCUUCUAAUACAUUGAUAACACCGAGUAAGUGCUCUCAGUUGAUCAAAGAGUUAGGUGAAGAAAAAGCAAAAAUUUCCACACGCAUGAUGGAGCCGUUCCAAGCUUCAAAAACUAAUGCUCAGAGAAAGGUUACUCGGAUGAUGGCGUACCAUCAUCAAACCGCACCUCUAAAGGUUCAGCCGUCCAAAACAGUUGUAACACAUAUUACAUCCACAGAGAUGAUGAAAGGUGUCAUGGUUGAAGUAAGAAAAAAUGUCAAUUGCACUAUUGAGGGGAUAAAUUCUAGGACACAAGUAUUCAUCAAGAACAAUCCUUUUCGGACCGGAGCAGUACUUGCACUUCUGAUUGCUGUUUGGGGAGUAAUUUAUAGCCGAUCAACUCAUCAUAUGCUGGAGUAGUUCAUAUAUAUGAUGAAAUUGUAUAAGCUAUAAAAGUAUCAUUAUUGCACUUCCUCACCAUUUCUCAACUCUCGAGUUUAGAUGGUGAAAUAAGAUGAAUAUAAUGUGUUAUGUGUAUUUGUGUAACUUCAAUCGUAUGUAGUAAUAUCAUAUCGCCUUUCAAACAU